AUGUCAGUAAAAGAAAAAAAGUUUGAAUGUGAGGAAUGUGGGAAACAUUUUGCAGAAAAGGGUACUCUCAAGAUACACAUUCUUGGACACAGUGGUAUUAAAAAGUUUGAAUGUGAGGAAUGUGGGAAACAUUUUGCACUAGAGAGUGUUCUCAAGGCACACAAAUUCUUACACAGUGGUAUCAAGAAGUUCAAAUGUGAAGAAUGUGGGUUACAUUUUGCACAAAAAGGUGAUCUGAAUAGACACAAACUUGUGCAUAGUGGUGUAAAAAAGUUCAAAUGUGAUGAAUGUGGGAAACAUUUUACACGUAAGAGUACUCUCAAGACACACAUUCUUGGACACAGUGGUAUAAAAGAGUUUAAAUGUGAGGAAUGUGGGAAAUGUUUUACAAGAAAGAGUUAUCUCACAACACACAUUCUUGGACACAGUGGCAUAAAGAAGUUUAAAUGUGAGGAAUGUGGGAAAUGUUUCUCGCAGAAGAGUUGUCUCAAGAGACACAUUCUUGGACACAGUGGCAUAAAGAAGUUUAAAUGUGAGGAAUGUGGGAAAUGUUUCUCGCAGAAGAGUUAUCUCAAGACUCACAUUCUUGGACACAGUGGUAUAAAGGAGUUUAAAUGUGAGGAAUGUGGGAAAUGUUUUACAAGUAAGAGUUAUCUCAGGACACACAUUAUUGGACACAGUGGCAUAAAGAAGUUUAAAUGUGAGGAAUGUGGGAAAUGUUUUACAAGUAAGAGUUAUCUCAAGACUCACAUUCUUGGACACAGUGGUAUAAAGGAGUUUAAAUGUGAGGAAUGUGGGAAAUGUUUUACAAGUAAGAAUUAUCUCAGGACACACAUUAUUGGACACAGUGGCAUAAAGAAGUUCAAAUGUGAGGAAUGUGGGAAAUGUUUCUCCCAGAAGAGUCAUCUCAGGAGCCACAUUCUUGGACACAGUGGCAUAAAGAAGUUCAAAUGUGAGGAAUAUGCUACUAGGUACAUCCCAAGGGCUCUGUGUAAUAUGUAA